AUGAGCGCACUCGAUCUCAAGGCACUUUCCAUAUUCAUCAACACUCCGGUGUCUCAAGAUAUGAUCCACAAGUUGGUUGUUUCCACCCUCCAAGUUCUCCCCUGUGGAAACACUUUGGAGCCAAUUCCUGGUAAGGACCGCACCCUUCCCUCGCUCAUGACAUUUCUCACCAAAUUGGUUCGCUAUACCAACGUUUAUACUGGUACUCUUAUGGCUACUUUGGUAUUGUUGAACAGAUUGAAAACCAAGCUCCCGAAAAAUCCUCAAGGUUUGGCGUGUACUCGUCACCGCAUUCUCCUUUCGUGCUUGAUUCUCAGUGCCAAGUUCCACAACGAUUCAUCGCCCAAAAAUAUCCACUGGGCCAAGUACACCGAGGGACUUUUUUCCGUCAAGGAUAUCAACUUGAUGGAAAGACAACUCUUGUAUUUAUUAAACUGGAACGUGGAGGUGCUGAACGAGGAGAUGAUCGACCUGCUUGACCAAUUCCUCCAGCCCAUCCGUGACGAUUUGGUUCGCACCGCCAAAAUGCGCAAAUGGGUUCAAUCUCAAAGAAACACCACACCAUUGUCACCUCCUCCAUCGGUGCCUGUUGCUCGUCCAGGAACCCCUGUCAUGUCCCGGUCGUCAUCCAAUAGCUCUACAUUGAGCUUGCACACGCGACAGGUUUCCACGACGCUGAUUUCGUCGAUUUCGUCCGCCGAAACGUCACCAACUUAUACGGUGGAUCCCAAGAUAGAAUACGCAGCAUUGAACGAACAACAGAAGUUGAACCGGUUGAUCCAGAGUUUGACAUAG